GAAGUCGUUUCUGCUAACGGACCGUAGCAUCACAACAAUAGUCUGCCAUUCAGUUCUUAGAUAAAAUAAAAAAUAAUUGAUUUGUUUUAUUUCGCAAGCGUACGGGUUAUGUUUGUGUUGUGAAGUGUACUACUCAGUGCCAUUACAGCUUUUCUGAGUUUGUUACUAUUGUGAUAGUGUUGUGUGGUUAUUGUUACAGGCAUGAGUGAAGUGUGUGUAGAUUAUUUAGAUGCUUACAGAAAGUUUUUUGAUACGUUUACUUUGACAGUUGAUCCCAGCGAUCAGCUUCCUGUCAAAGUACCUGGAUACAAUUUAUUGGAGGAAGAAAUAGUUGGUGCAGUAGCAGAUUGGGCUUUGCAAUAUUUAGAACAGAGGAGAUGUCCAACCUUCUUGAUCGCCCAUCUUGUGCGGAGAGUAGUGGAGGAGGUUAGAGUACAGAGCAAAGUCGAUCCCAUCAGCUGUGGUUACAGGGGCGAGAGUGGUGACUUCUUGUCACUAAAGCUGAUGCAGACCUGUAUUGCCAAGCUGGUGGAUGUAUGUGCCCGGUACCAGGACAAUGCCGAACUCUCCUCCCUCCCCCCGCCUCAUCCUCACCCACCCACCUCCUCCUGCGCUGUCAAGAACUCCCGGAGGUCCAUGGAAGACAGGCAUGUUGUCAUCCACGACUUCCAUACCCUCUUCAACAUCAAGGAUUAUGGGCCAGCCAGCUACUAUGGAGUGUUUGAUGGUCACAAUGGUAUCGAUGCUGCUGUCUACAGUGUGUCUCACCUCCACCAGUACUUGGCUGAGAGCCAGCACUAUCCCAGCCAACCUCUGUUGGCCAUGCGGGAGGCCUGCAUCAGGACUGACGAUCUCUUCACCAGCAAGGCCGAUAAAGAGAAUCUUCAUGGAGGUACAACAGCUGUGUAUGCUCUGCUGAGGCCCAAGGAACAGAAGUUGUAUGUGGGAUGGCUGGGCGACUCCCUGGCAGUGCUGGUGCGACGAGGUGUUCCCUACCAAAUUGUCCAAGCGCAUAAACCCGACAGAUCGGAUGAGAGAGAUCGGAUAGAAAAGCUGGGUGGCACAAUUCUCUACUGGGGAGCUUGGCGUGUCAACGGGCAACUGGCAGUCUCGAGAGCUAUAGGAGAUGUAGAGUACAAACCGUACGUAAGUGCUAAGCCCGAUGUGGAGGAAAUAACCUUGGAUGGGACUGAAGACUUCCUGAUCGUGGGCUGUGAUGGUCUCUGGGACUUUGUGACGGAGCAGGAGGCAACAAAUCUUGUCUACAAUCAUCUUCAGGAGAAUGCAGGGGACUCAGGUUGUGUAGAGGCCGUGAGUCACCGGCUGGUGGCGCUAGCCAAGGAGCAAAGUUCCCAAGAUAACAUCUCGGUGGUGGUGGUGUUCCUGGCCGAUCCGGCGGAGGUCGCUAGACGUGGCCCCAUGGAAGCCGCCGCUCCCAGCCCGUUUGUCAACGUGAACGGGGCGGACAUGUACUGCGGAGGCCCGACCAACGGGCAGCACGCCGGGCUCGACGAUAUCGAGGACUUCGGGCCCGAGACCGACGUGGACAUGGUGGACGACGUGCUGCUGUCCCCCGCCAUCGCUGCCGCCAAGGCGCUGGUGCAGGGGAAGCAGGAGCUGGACGAUGAUCUGGAGCUGCAGCGACAGCAGCUCUCCGACUUCGACGACCCGGCCGACCUCGAGCCCAGCAGGGACACGCCCACGCCACCCGUACACGAAGUGGUGAGCAAUGCUAAUGCGGAAAACAUAGCCGAAAGUGGGGGAGAGGAGUCAGAAGAAGAGUGGAACUAUUUCCCAGGCAAGGAAACAAACGCCAAACACGAUUCACAACAGGACUCAGAAGACAUGAGCUCACAGCUAAACCCGAAUGCUGCAGAGUUUGUGCCGGUUUCGCCGACUCGCCUGCUGAUGCUGGAUGAUGCAAUCAUCUCUGCUUCCCCGAGUGUAGGGUUCGAGAAGUCCAUGGACAAUGUGCAACUGCCCUCAGAGCUGGAAUUCGCCUCUGAGAUAUCUCAGAGACCUGGGGAUCUCGAAAUUACAAAUGGUCCCAAGCACGGAGACGACUAUUUCAUGAGGGACAACUUCUCGACUUUGACACGAAACAAAACGAAAGAUUUCAAUGUUUCCUCGACUUGUGCAGUAUUUGGUGAUGACUCUGUUAGGAGUUUCAGCUCAGAUAUUGAUUGUAUGAAUUUAAGUGCAUCAGAGAAUGUUCCUUUCGACAAGUUAGAUGCUGUACAAAACAUAGAGGAGAAAGUUACUUCUGCCAUACUCGACAAAGAGAAUAUUUUUCCAACUGGUGAUAUCAGCAACGCUUUUGGCAUGACAAAUAUCUUUGACAAGAGCGAUCCAAUGACAACUUCCACAACAGACUUUAAAGGAUUUUCAUCUUCACCUGAACCUGAAGAUAGCCACAUUCCAGGUACUCCUAAGUCAACACAUGUUGAAGCUCCAGUGUCCCCGAUCAAUGAAGACAUUCUGCCGUUGAAUCAUCAGACUGAACUCGACUCGCCUACAGACGAUUACAUGAUAAAUGCUCAGAAGUCUCCUGAUCUGAUAUCUCCGGGAGAUGGCCCUCAAGAUAACUUAAUAUCAGGUCAGGAAAGAACAAGUUCCUCCGGUUUUGAGUCGGAGAGUGGCCCUGAGGAAGGAGAAACAAAUGUUUCUGAGGACAAUAAUGAAGGGUACAUCACAGAACACAGGAGAACACCUCCAAUAGACCUGCAUUUUAAACCAAUCCAGACUUUCAGUGAUACCAAUCCGUUUGGAGCUCUGCAGACUCCUUCUUCAACAACACCUCUGGAUCUGGUAGAAACAAAUACAGAGAUUGCCACAGAACAUUCUGAACCAGAAAUUGAAAAAACACCCUUUAAAGGUACAGUUGAAAACAAAUCUGAAGUUGACAAAUUGGAUUUCUUACAGAACACUCCUUCCUCGUUUAUAUCUGUGAGGCACUCUGUAUCAGAAAACACACAAGUUCCUUUUGAUGAACUGGAGUCACCCAAAGAGAGCUUACAUUUUGAACCCCUUCCAAAUGCUAACAGUUCUCCUUUAGCUUCAGACUUGCCCAAAACACCUGAGCCAACAUUUGAAGACAAACUGGCUUCAAUCAAGCAAGAACCUGUAGCAUUGGAUCUGUCUGAAGGCACAAAUCCUGAAUAUGAAGAAACUAGUUUUACAAAUGAGAUUGUUCAGACGAAAGAACCUCUUAUGACGUCUCUGGAAUUGGAUACAACAGCUGGAUUUUUAGAAGAAGAAUCCAAAAUAUUGCAGGAUGUACAAGAGUGUGAACAAAUGUCAAAAGAUACUGAAGAAGAUGCAAAAUCUAACCUCACUGGACCUGAUCUAUCACCAGAGAUUGAGGAUGUCAAUCCGAAAAUUGUUGAGCAGGUUUUGGCCACCUUUGAUGACAUCAAGGAUGAUUCCGAGGUGCAAGUUUUAGCUGCCUUUGAUGACAUCAAGGAUGAACCUGAGGCUGAAAUUAAACAGCAUGAGUCUGAUUCUGAGCAAGAGACUAAAGAAAUGAAGUUAAAGUUCGAAUCACACAUUGCAAAUGCAAGUAAUUCUUCAGAUGAGUUCAAGAACAUUGAGGAAAGUUUUGAAGUUAUUAACAAGGAUGAACUUCCAUUUGAAGACAUGGUCUCGAAUACCCACAGUGAAACAAAGGAAGAACCGUUAAGUUUGGGAGAGAUGCAAGUUGAUGUCAAAGAAAUGCAAUUUUCACAAGAGAGCGAAAGAGAUUUGUUAUCACCAUCAGUGCAGACAAAUCCUUUUAUGACUGAUGACAUACUGACAGCGGCAGAAAAUGUAGAAACCAAUGUUCCUGAGGUAUCUAAUGAAGUAUUACCUACAGUAGAAUCCCAUAUUGAUAAAAAUCUUAUGAGUGCAAUUGAUGAUUUCAAUUCAGCUUUAAUUGAGGAUUCAUUCGCAACAGAAGCAAAAGAAAUUCUUUCUUCUCCUGUUGAGGAGUCUUAUCCUGUAGAAGAGUCUUCUCAUGUUGAGGCGUCUUCUCCUGUGGAGGCAAUUUCUCCUGUAGGUCUAUCUUCUCCUGUUGAACCUAAAGCCACUAAAACCAUGGCCUAUCAAAUGUUGACGCCAGCAGAUGAACCAAAACUCAUGAAAUGUGAAACGUACGUUACAGGAGUAGAAGAGACCCAUAGUGCACCCUCACCAGUUCCAUUAGAUGUAGAGGAGAUAGCUAAAAAUGAAGAGAGUCCUGUCAUUGUAGAACAACCGAUUGCUGCAGUUGAUGUAGAGGAACCCGAAGCAGUAAAGGAACCUGAGGCAGUAAAGGAACCUGAGAGAGUAAAGGAACCAGAGACAGUAAAUGAACCUGAAGUAGUAAAGGAACCUGAGACAAUAAAGGAACCUGAAACAGUAAAUGAACCUGAGGUAGUAAAGGAACCUGAGGCGGUAAAGGAACCUGAGGCGGUAAAGGAACCUGAGGCGGUAAAGGAACCUGAGGCGUUAAAGGAACCUGUUGUGGAAGUUGCCCCUAUGCCAGAAGUGGUGUCACAACCAGAGGAAACCAUUGCAACAAAGAGCGAGCCUGUACAGAGCCAAGUCGUGACAGAAACAUUGAUCACAGCCCUGGAAGAGACGAGUGAAGUACCUGCUGUGACUGUGACGGAAGCACCGACGUCGGCAGGCACCCCUCCUUCUACUCCCGCCCCCGGAUUAGAUGACAGCAAGGACGACUCGCAGACAGAUAUUCUAGUUGCAGCUGUGGCAGCAGCAGGAGCAGUGGCUGCCGGAACUGCCAUUGUUGCUGACAAGGAAGCUAAGAAAACGACAGCACCCGCCAAGAAAACUCCAGUUGGCGGGGCCAAGACUCAAGCUGCAGCUGCGAAGGCUCCUGUCAAAGCUCCUGUUGCAACCAAGGCACCAGCUACAAAGACAUCAACGACUACGACAAAAUCGGCCAGUACGGCAACGAAACCUGCAAGUGCUGCACCUAAAUCAGCUAGUACUGCAGCGAAACCGGCAGGUGCGGCUGCUGCUCCUAAAGCAGCUCCUACGAAGACUGCUGCACCCGCUAAGAAGCCGACGACUACGAUUGCUCCCGGCAGUAAACCGGCUGUGGGGGCCACCUCUGCUGCUAAACCAGCGGCAGCCAAAUCGGCAACGGCUGCUGCUCCCAAACCGGCAGGCACUGCUGGAACGAAGCAAGUUCCAAACAAACUACCUGUAAAUAAAACUUCAGUUUCCGGGGCAUUGAAAACUUCGAGUAAACCGACGACACCGACUAGCAAACCUACGACUCCGACAACACCCAAAUCUCCCAGCGUCGUCAAAUCACCUCCAAGGUUGGCGGCUAAGGCGACACUUACAGCCACAAAAACAACUGGAACUACCAAGCCAGCUGGUGAGAAAUUAGCAGCAGACAAGAAACCUCUUGCAAAUGGAGAAGUUAAACCUAUUGCAAAGAAGGACGAUGUCCCGAAGAAGCCAGCAUCGACAACUGCCAAGCCUUCCCUGACUGCACGCACUACUGCAGCACCACUCGCAAAAUCAACAGCACCAGCUGUUAAAACAACAACCCCAACAACAGCUAAAACGACUACUGCGAAGACAACAGCAGCAACAGCCACUCAACCAAAGACAAAGCCAGCACCUACCACGACCACUACUAAGCCGGCUGCUCCUACGGCCCCUACUAAGAGGCCAUCCACCGCGCCGACAUCCAAGGCAACGGAAAAGACUGGCAAGGAAGCUGCCAACAAGCAGAUUUCUAGCACUAAAACGGCUGUAAAUGGGAAGGCAGCUCCACCAAAAUCUGCAACAGGUGUUAAAAAGACUGACGCGAAAUUAAAUGGAAAAACCCCUCCAGGAAAACCGGUUCCAGGUAAAAUCUCUGAUGAAGUUCUAAAAGAGGGAGAUAAGCCAACACAAAUCCAAGAGGACAAUGUCACAACCACUAAUGGUUUUGCGGAACAUAUUAUGGAAGAGCAUGGAAGCUUGAAAAUUGAAGAAUUAGCUCCUGGUGUUGUCGACGCUGUAAAUUAAACCCUUUAACGGUAGUUUGGAGACGAUCCAAUUUAAAUUAAAAGUCUGAAUUAACUCCCCUUUUGUAUUUUUAAGAAAUUUGUAUGUAGUAAGGUUUUAUUGUAUUUUGUGCUAAAUAAGUGCAAAAUACAAAUUCAACUAGAGUUUAUGUAAGUGAGGAAAGUGUAUUUAUUUAUGGAUAUGAUUGUCCUGGUUUUUGUUAAGGAUAAUUUUUCAUUAAUAUUAAGGCAUAAUUUUUAUUUUGUAUAUUGUCCAGAAUUUAAUACGUUGUCUGUUGUUUAGUUCUAUUAGCUUUAAUGAUUUGAUAGAUAACUAUGAAUAUCGCAAAACACUAAACUAUAAAAAGUAAAUGUUUUGACAAGUAAAAUCAUUUAAAAAUGAAUUUGCCAUUUGUGGUUUGGUGUGUUUUGUGUAUCACACGAGUUGUCGAUAGUUACAACUCAUCUUAUCCAGUGUAAUAUAUUUGAGCUUUAUAAAAGUUACUAGUCAAAAAGAACAAGGUACACUAAAGUUAUAUGUUGGACCAAGAAAGUUUUUGAAGCUCUUGGAUAUUGGAAAUCCUUUAAGAACCGAUAAUUUGAUAGAGGUCGUGUUUCCUUGGAUCAUCAUAAUUAUUUUGGCCACAUUACAAUAAAUGAAAUGUGAUAUAUGAUGGCCGGUCAUUCCAAUACAAGGACAAGGUUCCUCUUAUCUUUUGUAUUGAGAGUGAAUUUAUCAAAUUUUCUUUCUCCACAAAAUUUGGCCAUGGAAUUUUCUGUCUUGUCAUUGAACGCCUUGUCAUAUAUAUUCUUAUGUAAAAUAAUAAAGGCCUGACCUGACUUUGUGAAUCAAAUAUUGUAAUUCAAUAACUGCUUGGAUAACUGUGAUAUAGAACAAACGGAAGUCUAUGAAUUCCGUGAAAUUAUAUAAUCUGAAUAUUCCUGAAACAAAAUAAACUUGAUCAAUUAACAGCUUUUUUGCUGAUCAUCUAACACACUCUCAUGUAUCCUUAUUAUCAGUAAUGACAAGAUUGCUCUUCACAACUACCAACUUUGGAAAUGUUUAAAUUUGAAUUUUAUUUUGAACUAUCAAUAUUGCAAUUUUAGCAUCACUGUGGCAUGGAUUCACAUUAUUUGCUUUCAUUCAUUUAUAGCUUUUACAAUUUAUUUUAUUUUUUUAACAGAUGUUUCCUUGGUUGUAGAAACUUAUGUAAAUAACAAUAUGUAUAUGCUAUAAGCCGUUAGGUGCUAUUUCUUUUAAUUUUGCUAAUUUUAAUCGGUUUCUUCAGUCGAUUAUAAAGCCUUCUUGAUUUUGAUUGAACUGGUCUUUUAUUUCUUUUUUAAAAAAAAGAAGAAUAACUAAUAAUUAUUUUGUAUUAUUAUGCCUGAUAAAUUUAGGUAGUUCAUAAAGUAUUAUGGUUACGUUGCUACUGUAUUUAUUACAAAUUGUUAUUUAUAUUUUAUUUUAGAUGAUACCACUUUAACCAGUGUUGAUCAAAUGCAAUAUUGUUUCAUUUUAUUUAUAUUGAGAAUACAACUUUAUAACCUAAGAGUGAUAAAGCACAAACAUUUUUUUAUACAUUAUAAACCUUAUAAAAUAAAAAUUGUGAUGGCAUUUUU